CUUGUUUCCUCCCUCUUUCGGGUGGUGCCCCCGAGCGGCGGUGCCCCCCGAGCGGCGGGGGGGCGCGGAUCCUCACCUCGGUGGUCAGCGACAACAUGAUCUCGUCCUCGGCCGCGAUCGCGAAGAAGGAGGCCGAGCGGGAGGAGGAAGAGAGGCUGUUGCAGACGAGGAGCGCGCUGGCCAAGCUCUUCGAAGAGAUCGACGACGACAACAGCGGGACCAUCGAGGAGAGCGAGUGGAGGGAAAGAGUGAUGGAAGACCGCACCAUGAUCGAGUCUUUGCAGGCGGUCACUCACAUGGGGAAGAACGAACUGAAAGACGCCUUCGAGGCAGUGGCGACGUCCAACAUGCAGGGCUCCUCCACGCGGAAGAAUAUCAAUUUCGAGGAGUUCGUGCAGUACCUCGUGAAGGACGCCCACGUCCCCGCCGACCGGCGCUCCGUGCUGAAGAUCCGGCAGCAGCUGGAGCUUCUGGAGCGGGACCACCUGUCGACCAGGACGAAGAUCGAAUUUCUCUCCCACCAGUUCAAGGACCUGGGCCGCGAGGUAGAUUUCUCAAGCCAUACGGCCCGCCCAGACGGGGCUUUGAACGGGCAUGGAACCCCGAGCCCGAACGGGCGCCCGAGCCCGAAAGGCUCCAAGUUUUCCAGCUGGCGGUGAGGGCGUGUCAGGGAACGUGCUGACAACAUUUUCUUUUUUCCGAUGCUGCUCAUGCGGUUCACCAGUAGUUGUUUGCGAAUGGUUUAUGUCAUCGUGCGCAGCAACGUCUAGCAGCUCUCGAGCUGAAUUCUGGUAGGUUCAGUGGGACCAUUCUCCGCCUUCGAGAGGUUUGUAACCUCUCUUUCUCGUCUUGCCCUCUACCUCUCCACACUUCCAUGUCCUCGUCCCCCUCGUCAGGGUCCUCCCGCUUUCUCGUCGUCCCCAUCCUGGUCUUGCUGCUUUACCGCCCGAUCAUCACUGGCAGCUGGACUCUUCUGCAGCCGAUCAUUCCGACGCAUCGCCGUGCCGAAAGUCCUUUGAAGUUCUGUCAUGUCGCCUGGUUGCAUUCAGCGCCAGCAAGCACGAGGUCCGCGAUCGGCCCCGCCUCGGGCCCCUGGUCGGGGCGGGGGCGGCGCGGCGCAGCCAGCCGCGUGUGCUUCGAGGAGGAGGAGGAGGAUGAGG